AUAGGUACCAACUGUUUGAUAAUUUGAUUCAGGGAACGAACAAGAUGUCUGACAGCUCUAUCUGGGAGCCUCACGACGGUCCAAGUUAUGUAGAUCAUGGAGAAUGGGUGCAACAUUCAUCAGCAUGGGAAUCAUCAUCUCAUUUUCACGAUCCAUUACCUGAUACUGGGAAAACUACACCGACACAUGGAAACGCCAGAGCAGAAGCAAUCGAAACCCCGAAGAGACUUUUGUCAACAUCAUCUACUAAUAGCAACGAAGUCGAAGCCCAGCAAGGAUUUGAGAGAACAACACCGCGAAUUCAUAGGGAAAAAACUUCCUCCACUCCUUUGGCAAAUACUACCAAUUUAGUUACCGAGGUGACAAGGACUACUGGUGUAUAUUCGACCACUGAACCACAUAUAAUAUCCAAUGUGGGUGCAGCUCAAGCACCUCCUCCUGGUGGCUUUUUCCAACAACAUCGUGUCUUAAUAUUUUCUGCCUUCGCUACGUCCGCUGUCAUCCUUAUAGUCGUCGCAUUUCUUGUAGUCAUCCUAUGUCGAUCACAGAAGAAGAAACUAAAACGAGUGAAGUCCUCAGAAGCACCAAAAAGCAAAGGAGUCCGUCGUCUUGUGAAGAUGGAGAGCCAGGAGCAUACCUAUGAGGAGGUAGAGAUUCACAAGAAAGAUGAUAUCAUCAAGAGUAGCUUGGACACCAGGUUAACACCCACCAUCAUCAACAUCAAUCAAGAAGAGAUAAGUGACCUUAGAAGACCAGAUGUCGAUCAGAUUGGAAAAGGACCAUUUUACUUCAAAUUAAAUGAAUCUGAUGGUCAGCCAAUCUCACCAGUUUAUUCUACACCCAUUUUGAAACAAACAGAUGAAUUUUCCGCACUAACAGAAAUUGAGAAAACGGGUCUUCAUCGUCUUUACAGUGAGCCUAUUCAUUUUAACAAAGCAAAGGAAGACGGAGACAAGAUCCAAGAAAAUAUUCGAUAUUCUACCCCCUGCAGUGCUCCAGCAUACUUCAUCAUCGAUCCUUCAUGUCCUUUUCAAGAUCAUGAGAUAGGCUCCGAAACGACCACCGGAACAACCCUUCCUCGUCGAAAGCUCACAAGACAGUGUGACGUAACACUCGAAAAGUACGAUAAGCUUGGCCGCGGUAUCAAUAUGACGUCAUGUAACGGCGACAAGGGAAUGGAAAAUUCAAAUGGUCUGUUUUUUGACGACGCUGGGUCUUACAAUCACCUGAAACUUGAUCAGAACACAGCGAGCGUGAUAAAAUCAGCCUCUCCGAUAGUUGAUGCAUCAAGUAAAAAGAGAGUAGGCCUAUCUGGUGUUUUUGAGGCUAAAGGAUACAACACGUUAGCGUUUUAGAUUGCUUAGGGUUUUAGCAAUCACUCUGCAGACGAUUUCUGGAACGUAGAGAAUCUAUUGUCCAAAGCCCUUCAUAUACCCCUAGCAGCAUUUGUCGAAAAUCGGUGAAUCAAGACAGCAGCGUCGUCCAAUACUGACCACACAGAAACGUUGUUAACGCUAACAUUGCGCUAACAGAGGCCCUAUGUUACAACCGGUAACUUAUGAUGCCUAAUGUUACAACAAUGCAUUAUACUUACACAUUGAAAUAUAAUGUGUUUUGACUUCAUGGGAAAGAUGUGACUGGGCUAACUGUUGAUGCUCUGUUCGGCUAACAAUGUUUCUCUGCAGCCGGCACUGGACUCUGGACAAACGACAUAUUUGCUUUUUUUUUGGUCUGGUCCGAAUCUUAAGACGAUGUGCUCUCCCCAGUCCACCAACCUUCAACAUUGACCUCAAACUGUCCAUUGUGAUUAUUUUGAAGGGUAUUUUCAUUUAUAAUCUGAACGUUGCAGAAAGCUUCUGCGAAGUAGAUGCAAAAAUAUUCCUUCAGCAAUGUUGGUCCAUCGGCGUAUAGCCCUACAUGAACAUUUUUCCAGUUUGUACAUAAUUUCAAACACGCAUUUCACACUUUCACUUUUUAGAAAAUAAUAUAGUCAAUGAUAAUUAUAAACAAUAGUUGAUGUGAUAAUCAUUAUCGAGAUAGUUUGAUGUAUAGGCCCUGACGCAAGUAAAUUGAUGAUCGUUCAAGUAAAAAAGGUCGGUAAUCUAAUAUGUGGGCAA